AUGGACAACGACAUGUUAUCAUCCUCAUGCCACCAAGAAACUCAUGGACCAAUGUGCUGGAAAUGCCAUGACACAACGGACAACUGCUCAUUUUUUUGCAAUCGGUGCAAUAGUAUUCAACCUAUUAACAAGACCUGUCACUGUAAUUACUUUGAAAUGUUCAAAAUCCCCAAGAACUUUAACAUCGAGCCACGCAGGAUUGAACAAACGUACUGGAAAUUGCAAAAACGCUUACAUCCAGAUCUGUAUGGCUCCAAGUCAGACUUUGAAAAGGAGCUGUCAGCAAUCAAUGCUGCUAUUAUUAAUGAUGCUUACAAGAUACUGAAGACGCCCACUAUGCGUGUCAAGUACCUGUUGGCACUGCACGGCAUUGAUGCUCUUGGCGAAACUGCUAGUACUGCAGUCGAUCCAGAGGUACUCAUGCAGACAAUGGAAAUUAGAGAACGAAUUGCAGAAGCGUCGAAUCUGGACGUGCUGUACGAGAUCCGCAAGGAAGUCUCGGACAACAUUGACGCUGUGAUCAACAAACUGGGCGAAGUGUAUGACAGGGACCAGGACCUUGAGUCCACCAAGCAAUACGCUGUCCAGCUCCAAUAUAUGGUCAAGUGCGCAGAAGAAAUUGACCAGAGGGAAGAGAAGCUGGACGGGUUUUAG